AAUUCCCCAGCCAACAAUUGAAGUCCAGACUUCUUAAAGCUGCCACGGUUGAGAAUCUCUGGUUGGAAGGAGAAAUCAAAAGUUCAUGGAUUUCACCACCGGGAUCCUUCUUCCACUGAUUUUGGGUGGCGUAGGGAUCUUCACUAUCUUGCGAUUGGUCAGGAAAAUCCAGGCAAGGGCCUACCUGAAGGACGCAGUAGUAGUGAUAACAGGGGCAACUUCUGGACUGGGGAAAGAAUGCGCCAAAGCUUUCCAUGCCGCGGGAUCCCAACUGGUGCUGUGUGGCCGAAGUGGAGAGAGGCUUCGGGAUGUUCUCCGGGAGUUAUCUGCUGCCGCUGACCCCCUCAAAAACGCUCACAAACAUCACGUUGUGGUUUUUGAUCUCUCGGAUAUCAAUGCAGUAGUUAGCGCUGCGAAGGAGAUUUUGAGCUGUGUGGAUCAUGUCGAUAUUUUAAUUAACAAUGCUGGCAUCAGCUACCGGGGCACCAUAACAGAGACGGUGAUCGAGGUAGACCGGAAAGUGAUGGAAACCAAUUAUUUCGGUCCGGUUGCUUUGACGAAAGCCCUCCUUCCUGCCAUGAUCAAGAGGAGGAAAGGGCACAUCGUAACCAUCAGCAGCGUGCAAGGCAAAAUCAGCAUUCCCUUCCGGUCGGCAUAUGCGGCCUCCAAGCACGCAACCCAGGCUUUUUUUGACUGUUUGCGAGCCGAAGUGGAGCGAUUCAACAUCGAAGUGACGGUUGUGUGUCCCGGCUACAUCCAGACCAACCUUUCGCUCAACGCCGUCACGUCAGACGGAUCCCAGUAUGGAGUGAUGGACAAGAGCACCAGGGAAGGCAAGACAGCCGCGGAUGUGGCUCGACUGGUCCUGGACGCCGUGGGAGAGAGGAGAAAGGAAGUUCUGCCGGGGGUGGGUUUCCUGCCCGCCCUGGCAGUUUAUCUCCGGCCGCUCUGCCCCACUGUCUUCUUCACCCUCAUGGCCAGGAGAGCACGCAAGGAGAAGAAAGAGAAGGAAUCCUAACCCAUCCACCCCGGUAAGACUUCACCAGGUCAAAGGGUGGACGGAAGCCGCUAGGUGUCGUAGCUUACAUGGGUGGAGGACUGCAGGAGCCGAAGGUUUCAUCUUUUGCUUGCGCUAAGAGGUGGAUUUAGGUCUGGGGACAAGAAGCAUGGCCAACUAAAACUUUCCGAGCCCCGCAAAGCAUUUUAUGUAUAGAGGGUCGAUGCUUAGCCGAUUCACAUCAGAUUUCGAGAACGGAAGCUGCUUCCCACUCAAGUGGAUCUUCAGAAGACAACGUGCCAUGAAUAGCUGGAUAUUUUGACUUCUUUUUUUUUUUUUCUUACCUGGUCUUUCCGGCUUAUCUUUUACACUUAAUUUGUAAGCAGGAGAGGGAAAAAAAUAAUAAUACUGUCAUUCCCCAUAGGUACCGGGUUUUCCCCGAAAAUAAAGACCCAACCAAAAAAAAAUAAGCCCUAGCAUGAUUUUUUCAGGAUUCUCGUAAUGUAAGCCCUACCUCCCCCCAAAAAAUAAGCCCCAGUUAAAAUCGUCAGCAAGACGAAUGCAUUAGAGUCAAGACACGACUUAGCAACUGAACCUCAACGUUUUGCGAACCCAACCACUGCUAUUGGCAAAGGUACAAAGCUUUUGUUGUAGUGGUGUCAAACUCGAUUCCAUGGAGGACCACAUCAGGGUUGUGUUUGACCUCGGUGGGCCGGGUUGGGCGUGGCCAGCUCGGUGGCACUCGUGGCAGGGGGCGCCUGUGGCAGGCCAAGGGCUCUGCUAGCAAAAACAGGUUCCCAAGCUCAGUUUUCGGCUGCGAUGACCUCCUGCAACCCCUCUUGCUGGUAGAGGCACUGUGGACCGGUCCUUCUGUCAGGGCUCUGGCAGUUACCCCCCCUCCCUUUCUGUUGGCAAUUCUGAAAAGACCAUAGAAAUAUUUUAUGAGUUGACCUUUUCGCUGUUUCCAGGGCAGUCCUGUGGGCCAGAUCUAACCCCCCCGUGGGUUGGAUCCUGCCCACCCGCCUUCAGUUGGAUACCCCUGUUGUAGAUAAGUCUACUGACAAGUGAGCUUUCACCCAAUCCAUCCUUUAGGCUCCACCCCACUGGAAGAAUUUCCUACUAGAUGUUUUUCGUUCCAAAAGAAAAAAAGGACCUCUUCAAAUUCUCAUCCUUUAAUGAAUGGUCAGUGAUAUCUUUGAGCUGGUUCUGUAGAAUACAAUUAAACAAGAUGCCUAAGGGAUGUGUCUUUCCUCACCCCUCCCCUCCCCAAGGGUGGGGGAGGAGAGGAUGGCUGGAGGAACCAAAACCUACCCACCCAACCCCUUGUAUUGUUUUGCUUGCACCGAGAUCCGACUGUUGUCUUCAUCGCUCACGCUGUUCCACCCCACCGCAGAUCUAGGUCGGAGGGAUUAAAAAAUAAAAAGAACAGAAAUCCC